UUUAAGUAAAAAUAAAUAAACAAAAAUAUUUGCAUACAAAGCACACAAACUAGAAAAUAUGAAAAUAUUAAAAGUGAAUUUAACGGUGCUCGUGUUGGCACCUUUUUUGCUAUGUGGCUUUGUGCAUUGUGAAAAUGAGUUCGAACGCACAGAAAGACCAACGAAAACUCCCACCUCAACAACUCAAGCGCCAGCGGUUGUCGAAACUACCACCGCCGCCGCCGCGCCAGUUGUAGGCGAUAGCACUCGAUAUGCGCGUCUCAUGAAGGUCCUUCGGGACCCCAAGGCGUUUGCCGCUCAGCGCUACCAUGCCGCAACGCAGCGUGUAAUCGCGCGCGCUGACCAUCUACCACCAGCAGGCCUCCCCUACCGUCGUGCUUUACAGCCGCAUGCCGCCGCGGCGGCGCCACCUUCUGCUUACCACAAGGUGCGCCCGCCAAUUAUGCGUCGCGUCCAAAAUGGACUACCCGUAAAUGGCGCGCCACCGCGUUUUGCCUACGAUACGCCCAAAGGCGGCCAAAACCAUUUGCCUUCUAAGAGUUUAGUGCCAUUCAAUGCAGGCAAAGUGAGCGUUUAUCGCCCGCCAUUCACGUACGCGCAACAGCAAACGCAUCCAAACUCCUUAGUGCUACAGUCCGCUGCGACUGUUCAAGCUACUAAGCAUCAGCUACAGCAGCCACAGACACAUUUUGGGGAAUAUAAUUUCAAAGCAUCGCCACUCUUCAGCGGCAAGGCGAUUGUGCGACCGCUACUCGAGCCGCACGAUCCAAACUACAGGCAACAUUUGCAGCAACUACAGCAGUAUGCAGGCAAACCACAGCAAAUGGUGCAACAAUAUCCCAUACCACAACAUCAGCAACACCAGCAGCAGCAGCAGCAGCAACAGAGCACCUCACAUUUCCCUACACUCUACCAGUCUGCGCUGAAACAAACUGCCAACCGCGCGCCAACGUUUCACUACGAAACGAUGCGCCCGCACGAGGAACCCGUCCUCCAUCCACAUGUAAAGCAUGAGCAACCACCGCCAGGUAGCGCCGGAUAUGCGGUGUACGAACACAACGAUUUGGCUGAAGAGGAGCAAGCGUACGCGCAUCCACACGCGAACUAUCCGCCUACCGCGCGUACAGAGGAACUAUCGCAACAGUAUCAAAGAUUACAGCAGCAGAGUCAACGAGCAAAUCCUGACACCACUGCAAGCGAACAACAAGCUGAGGAAUAUAUAAAAUUUAUGAACUCCAAUGAUUAUUUUCUACCAAAGCGUGAACCCAACUAUAGGCAGCGGGAUACACAGCAGGAUAGCCAGCAGCUGCAACUACAGCAGCACAAGCAGCAACGGGAGCGUGAGCAACAACAACAGCAACAAACUACGCACAACCACUACCCGCACGCGCAGUCGCAGGCGCAAGCACAGCAGCAACAUUCGCAGCAUAUACAAUACAGUAAAGCUUCAGUUCAGCCACAAGCUGCCUCCACCACACACCCAAGUCCGCCUGAGCAGCUCAACACAAACACAACAGCACCACAACACAAUAGACCACACCACAACCACAACAGACCACACUACAGACACAACCGCACUACCACCCACGCGCCGCCGCUAACAACUCCUGGUUCCUCCAACGAUCUGUACAUCACAACACACUUCACUCACACCGCGCAUGACAAUAACUCUCCCUAG